CCGCCGCCGCCGCCGCAGUCCCGCCGCGAUGUUCGGGGCGCAGCAGCAGCUGCAGCCGCCCGCGCUGCCCCCGCACCUCCAGCAGCAGCAGCACCACUACUACCGGCGGCAGCAGCACUACAGCACCCUGCCCGCCCGCCGGCCCUGCCCCGAGCCCCCGCCCUGCCCCGAGCCCCCGCCGUGCCCGGAGCCGCCGCGGCCGCUGCCCUGCCUGGACCCCGCUCCGCACCCGCUGCAGGACGGCGCCGUGGCCUACGACCGGGUGCGCACCUACGGGCCGGGCUGCCGCCGGGUCAGCACCUCCUGCUCCUCGCGGGCCGCCUCGCCGCUGGACUGCGGGCACGGCUGCGACCCGCCACAGGGCACCAUCCGCAGGAUCAUUAUCGAGAACCCGGAUCAGGAGCCAUUAUCCCCUUUUCUUAGAGGGGCCAGUUUCUCUCCUGGAAAUAAUGUCAUCUAUGAAAAAACAAUAAGAAAAUAUGAGCUAUUAAACCCCCUCCAAGAGCGGCAGUUCCAGGUGUGCCCGCCGGAGCCGUGCCAGCAGUGCCCGCCGCCCCCGGUGACGGAGCAGUGCCAGCAGACCCAGACGGGCAGUCCCUGCGAGCUGUGCCCGGGCCCGGGGAGCGACGAGUGCAGGGGACACCCCGUGAGGAGGGGCACGGCCCCCCCCGAGCUGGUGAGCUGCCCCCAGGACAGCCCUGAGCAGCUGGACUGCCGCUUCUUUGGGGAGCUGCUGGCCGAGCUGCACCGCAAGAGCAAUGACCUGUACAGCUGCCUGCUGCAGCACGUGGAGAAGAUUGGGACAAGGAACCACGACAUUGAAUUCACGUGCCAGACUGAAGAUAUUGAAGAAUUAAUUCCCAAAGGACUGUCUGAGGCAACAAAGCAGCAGAUUCGUUAUCUCCUGCAGAUGAGAGCGACAUCGGACAAAUCCCUGAGACUUGUGCUUUCCACCUUCAAGAACCUGCGGGAGGAGCUCUGCCAUCUGCAGGAUGACCUGGGGAAGCUGGAAACUGACAAUGUCUUGCUGAAGAAGGAUUUGGCUUUUAAGGAUUCCCAAGUGAAAGAAUAUGAAACAAUGCUGGCUUCUCUGAGGGAGAACAAUCGCCAGCAGCAGCAAGGGCUCAGGGACAGCACUGCCAAAUGCCGCUCCCUGGAGGAGCAGCUCCUGUCCCUGCGGCUCAGCGAGGGCGACAAGGACUGCCAGCUGAAGGAGCUGGAGUACUGCAAGAGGGCCCUGGAGCAGGAGAUCCAGAGCCUCAAGCUGCAGAGCUGCUCCAGCCCGACGCUGCAGACCACGACGGACGAGCUCUCCAGCCGCUACGUGGAGAUGAUCAACAACCUGAGGGAGGACAAGGACAGGGAGAUCCGCAGCCUCAGGUCCCAGCUGUGCCAGUUCCAGCAGGACAUAACCAGGAGAGAGGGGAGCAACAGCGACUUGCAAAUGAGGCUGCACGAACUGACAUCGCUGCUGGAGGACAAAGAGGCUUUUAUUAAACAACAGCAAGAGGAGCUCUUCAGACUGAAGCAUGACAAGUUUUCGGGCAGUCAGUCCCCUGGGGUGACAGCCAUCAUCACUAAAAAGUACAGGAAUCAGUAUCCUAUUCUGGGUCUCCUGUCUGAUGACUACAAGGUCACAUCACCUGUCAAUAAAUCACAAACGAUUGUAAUUGAGAGGACUGGAGAGAUCUGGAAACAUGAAUGAGAGAAUCCUCUGAGCCCUCACAGCUGCUCCAAGGAGUUCACAAACCACUAAAACUGCUUUACUUUCUGCUCUUCUGCAUCCAAGAAAAGGUUCAGUCUGAUAGUGAGGAAGACUGGGAAAACAUUAAGGACUCACUUUUCCCUCUGAGGAGUGGGAUGCUAUCCCUCUGUGGACUUCAGCUGGUCUUAACUAGCUCCUGUUCUUCAGCCAGUCCUCAGGCAAUCUAGGAGACAAAAGGAAGACACCUGAAACCUUUUCCUCUUGGUCCUUGUAGCCAUGUUCUGUCUCUUCAUGCUGAGUGGGAAUGACCCUGACGUCAGUCCCACCCCUCCCACAGGCUGCAUGGGAACUUCAGAAAUACCUCACUGGGAACUGCUCCUCACCUUACACCUGCCUCUGUCUGGGAAGCUCGGACACAAAGGACAAAACUUCCAUCAAACCCAGCUUCUGACCUGGCAAAUGCCAGCAGGACCCAGUUCAGUGAAGGGCUGGGCCAAGGCUUGUUUUAGAGAAUGCUUCUGACCUCAGAGGUGAUGUAUUUUCAGCCCUAAACCAGCUGUAUUUAUUUGCUGUGCUUCAAAUUUUCAAGAACUUGCUCUAUUUUUAUAUAGAAGAACUUUGUGUGAAAAUAACUCAUGGACUAAAUUUCCUUAUCAGACCAACCUGCCAUUUACAAUUUCCACUCCAUUCCUUGAAGGACCACAGAAAUUCUUUCAAACUGAUUUGGUGUUCAUGAUUCAGUAGUUGUCUGAGCAACACAGCACAGAGACUCAGAGGGAAAGUCUGCAAUGCUGCAAUCCAAAGGUGCUCUUUUAUCGUGGGGUUCUUGCUUUGCUUUCCUGCUGCAGCCAUGUAUUUCUGUUCCCAGACACUAUAGACCCUAGGCACUGUUUAAUGGGGAAACAAUGCUGGAGGCUACCUGUAACCAUGAAAUAAACCCAGCUCUAACUCUCUGGA